UCUCAUCAAUCAAGAGGGAAAAUAACUUAUCGCCAAUCUCCUCAGAAACAAUUUUCCUCACUUAAAUUGCAGAAGCAGUAAUGACUUCGGGCGAAACCGACUCAUCAUCUACCAGUAAGUCUAAGUUUGACGCAUUAUUUACUUCUUCGCCAUGCUCACAAUCGAUUCGCCGUCAUCAACAUCAUCAUCGCACGUCCAUGGCGCCGACCUCUUCUUCUUCAUUUUGGGCACAAUUCUUCUGUCGACCUUGCGGAAUGAUGUAAAUUAGUGUAUAAUCAGUCCGCAAUGUGUAGAGAAUUGUAUCCUUCGGGAAAUGGAAUUAGACUUUACUUAGGUUGAGACGAAUUGGGGGAAAUAUAAUUAAUGGGCCUCCCGUGGACCAGAAAUGUGGACGUCUCGUUCAAAGUUGGACGGGCUUCAACCAUUUUCUUUCCUUUCCUUUUUCUGUUGGUAGGAUUCUGAUCACUCUCCUCCGUUUCUUUGCUCGUUGUACAUAUUAAUGAUUAAUCUGCCCUUGCCAAUUCAUAACUGGGGAGUUGACAGUUGAUAUUAACUGAAGGGAAUUCUAAACGUUGUUGCCUUGGGCCAAAAUGAUCAUCUAUGAUAGUAGUACUAAACAACUUUAUUGUCGCUGUCACAAUGUACCAAAGGAAAAACUUCCACAGCUGACAGCACAAUACACUGACACAGAAGCCAAAUUUGAAACUAUUGAGAACCCUGUUAUACCACGAACUGCUAUCUGAGUGAAAUAGUUCAAUAGCAGGUAUUCUCUGUUUCCCGGAGAACGAAACCCCCUUAAGAAUAGAGCCGGGUGCCAGGCCAGACAAUUCCUAAAGGAUGUUUCCUUUCUCUGGCGUUUAUACAUCUGUUUCCGCCAUUGACAAGCAGGCAGAUAAUUAGAAAUGCAGCUUCAAUCAGGCAAUAAAUUCCGGCCAGAACUAAAUACGAACACAACCUCAAUACAACAACAAGCCUUUUUCCCACCUAGUGAGGUUGGCUACGAACAGAACCUCAAUCAGGCGAUAAAUUCUGGCCAAAACUAAAUACGGCCACAACUGAUGUGAAGGUAAAAAGAUUUAAUUGUGACAGAUGAAACAUACUCUGCUUAAAUACAAUGGAAAUCACUGACUCAACUACAACAUAAAGAAUAGUCUUCUUUUCUUCUAUCCAUAAAUCAAGAAUCAAAGCCAGAGUAAAUACCACUCUCCCUCAAAAGCCUCUUCUCUUCUUCUACAUAGUUCUUCCCUCUGCUAGCUUGACCAAGGUCUCUUUUCCUCUUCUCCUUCUGUUGAAAAGAGAGCUCCCUUCUCUCUCUCGACGUCACUACAUUCUCAAGCUGUUCUCCUUCCAGCAAUGCAGCUUUAGUCUUCAAUCUAUCUUCAUACGUUUCUUCAGUCUCCUUUGACCGGUUUUCCUCCCCUUUUGACCAUGACCAGUCCUUCUCUUCAUCUGGUUCCGCUGGAAGGGGCACCUCCAGAACAGACGGCCCGCCUUUAUACCCAUGUUUUGCUAACGCUUUAAAAGCCAAUUCUCUCUUUUUCUUCGCUGCUCACCAAUAAAAUUCAACGUUGAAUCAUAAUAAUAGACAUAAAUUGGAUAACUUGUUUAACAAAAUCUGGGGGAAAAUAUCAGCACCCAAACAUAAUUAUAAGCAGGAAUUGAUUCUAAAUAAAAGAAAAGGAGGUGGAAUUUAACCUUGAGAAGCUUUGGUUUUGGAAGAAUCGUCGCUUUUGAUUGCAGAUUUCUGCUUGCCAUCCUCAUCCUCGCCGUCGACGGUCGAAGAAUUAUCACUAUUUGAACCGGAAUCGUCUUCGUCAUCACUCCACAUGUACGGCGCUGACCUCUUCUUCAUCUGGGAAAUUUUUCGCUAGCCUCUGAAAUGAUACGGAAAAUGUGCGGUCUUUCUGGAACUCGAUUUGAACUUAGGGUUUACGUGGAAUUUGGGGAAAAAAAUUUUGAUUAACGAAUUGCAUCCAGGAAAUAAUUACCGACCCGAACCGUAUUGAUUCUAUGUUUUGCUUGGGCCGAUUUGGACCUGAAAUGUACUUGCCCUAUUUAAGUGGACUGGACGGGCUUCAACCUUUCCCGAGUAUAUCCAAAAGUGACUCAACAAACAGAUUUUUCCCGCCAAAAAGUUUCCAGAUAGAUACCUCAAAUUCGACCCGAGUUCAACAAACAAAACCGAAUAAAUUGAGAGCCAAUUUUGAGAAAUGGCAACAUUAAUAAAGCCAUCGGCGAUGGACGAUUUGUACAACACUCAUGUCAAACUCCUUGCUUCUGACUUGCUGAAACUCACGCCUUCCCCUUCCCGGAACGAUUCCUCCGCCUUCCUCCGGCGAGGCAAACGUCUCUCCCGUGCUGAGACGGUCGGAAUCGUGGUGACGCGAGACCUUAAGCCGGGAAAGUUCGUGAAAUUUUCUGUGGACGAUGGUUUUGGUUGCAUUACUUGUAUCCUAUGGACUAAUCAGCUUACCUCUGCUUACUUCUCCCGCCGCAACCCAUCAGGUGUUCGAUUAAUUGCCGAAGUGGCGAACGAUUUUGCCUCCCGCGUCCAGCUGGGGGUUCUUGUUAGAGUACGUGGUAGGAUCACUGGUUACAGGGGCAAUAUUCAGAUAACCGUGACCGAUGUUGUGGUGGAGAGGGACCCAAAUAUGCAGAUACUGCAUUGGUUAGAUUGUGUGAGGUUGGCACGUAAGUGUUACAAUUGAAGGGAGUGGACCACUCACCACUGGAUGUUUGAUUGAUCAUUCUGUGGGUUUUUGAAUCGACACAUUGCACAAUAGCAACCAGUAGGUGAAGGGUGGUUCUUGCUGGUAAGAAGAUUAAAUGCAAUGAAAAAGACAGGCUUCACUAUUUGAUGGGAACUUAGAUUGAUAAUUUGCGUUGUAAAAUGAGGCGUGGGGAAGACAAUGACAGAUGUUUAUUGAUCUGGGCAAGGUGAUUUAUAAUAGUUUCUUACUGUUAUUAUGAAAAUUAUACGCAACCAAUUUUGUGUUUUUCUUUUCUUUGGGUGGGGUAUUCAGUUGAUCUUUUCGCUUUUGCAAAUCUAUCCUAUAAAUGAACGUUUUCAUUUCAGGAGCACUGGAAUAUUCAAAGUGUUUCGGAUUAGACAACUGCAAUUUAUUACAUAAGGGGUCUCCUAUUAAAUUUGAUGUAGCUUGAUGAUUAGGUUGUCAUUAGCAUAUUUUAAGUAUUUCAUAUGAUUGGCUUUUGG